AUGGCGGAUUCUACCUCAAGCGAUUCUCUCUCGCUAGACAUCGAUUCCUUCUCUCCUUCACCUCAGGAACAUAUCAUCAGAACAGGUCAUGGUUCUGUAUCCGUUGCUGUAUACGGAGACCAGGACAAGCCAGCACUUAUCACGUAUCCAGAUUUGGCUUUAAAUUAUGUCUCCUGCUUUCAGGGGUUAUUAUUUUGUCCCGAGGCAUAUUACCUUCUACUCCACAAUUUCUGCAUUUAUCACAUUAGUCCACCUGGGCAUGAGUUAGAAGCUGUUCCAAUUGAUCCAGAUUACCCAAUUUUUUCUGUAGAUGACUUAGCUGAUCAAAUAGCUGAGGUUCUCAACUUUUUUGGUCUUAGUGCUGUCAUGUGUAUGGGAGUAACUGCUGGGGCUUACAUUCUUACCUUAUUUGCUAUGAAGUAUAGACAACGUGUUAUUGGUUUGAUACUUGUUUCACCUCUAUGUAAAGAACCAUCUUGGACUGAAUGGUUGUACAACAAGGUCAUGUCAAAUUUACUAUACUUCUAUGGCAUGUGUGGCAUGGUAAAGGAAAUAUUGCUGAAGCGGUACUUUAGCAAGGAAAUUAGAGGUGGUACACAAUUGCCGGAGUCAGAUAUAGUCAAAGCUUGCCGAAGGUUGUUAGAUGAGAGGCAGAGUCUGAAUGUAUGGCGGUUCCUGGAAGCUAUUAACCGGAGACCUGACAUAAGUGAAGGGUUGAAAAAAUUACACUGCCGUUCGCUUAUAUUUGUUGGGGAUAUGUCACCAUAUCACUCGGAGGCUCUCCACAUGACUUCAAAAUUGGACAGACGAUUCAGUGCCUUAGUUGAGGUUCAAGCAUGUGGAUCAAUGGUAACAGAGGAGCAGCCUCAUGCCAUGUUAAUACCAAUGGAGUACUUUCUCAUGGGAUAUGGCUUGUACAAGCCAUCCAAGUUGAGUGUCAGCCCAAGAAGCCCCUUGAGUCCUUCUUGCAUAUCUCCUGAGCUUUACUCCCCAGAGAGUAUGGGUUUGAAAUUGAAACCCAUAAAGACACGAAUCUCUCUGGAAAUCUAG